AUAAGGCAACGCGACAUGCGACUUCGUGGCCUCCUGUUUCGGGCACUGAUUGGGGCACUUUGUUUGUUCGUAUUUAACGAAUUUAUUAUCUACUAUUUGGUACUGCUGGAGUGCCAAUGGCCGGGUAAAUCUGACUCGGUCAAUGGCCAGGAACCGGUCAAGGUGAUGCUGCUGGCGGACACCCAUCUGCUGGGGCCACUUCACGGGCACUGGUUCGAUAAGCUACGUCGCGAAUGGCAAAUGCAUCGAGCGUUCCAAUCCGCCAUGACGUUGUUUCGACCGGAAGCGGUUUUCAUUCUGGGGGAUGUCUUCGACGAAGGCAACUGGGUCAAUCAGAAGGAGUUUGAUGUGUACGUGGAUCGGUUUAGGAAGCUGUUCCACACGCCGCAGGGAACUCGGUUGUUAAGUGUAGUUGGAAAUCACGAUAUUGGAUUUCACUAUGCAACCCACCCAUAUCUGGUGCAUCGGUUCGAGAAGACGUUCAAUAAUACCGGUGUAACACUGACCAGCAUUCGAGGGGUCAAUUUCGUGCUUAUCAAUUCGAUAGCCAUGGAAGGCGAUGGGUGUCAGCUGUGUGAAACGGCCGAGAAGGAACUGCGUGCCGUUUCGGCAAUUUUCAAAUGUGGCCGCGGAAUUGGCCAGUGCAGGGGCGUACCCAAGCUGGAGGAGUAUAGCAAGCCGAUUUUGAUGCAACAUUUCCCCACGUACAGGGAUUCGGAUCGGGAGUGCAAGGAGCACGAUGCUCCGCAGAUAGAACCAUUCCGGGAACGGUGGGAGGUCAUUUCGAAGGAGUCGACCGAUUUGAUUGGGGAACUGCUGAACCCUAGGUUGGCUUUCAGUGGCCACUCGCAUCACUAUUGUUACGUGGAGAAGAAUCGGCUGGGAAUUGAGGAACAUACGCUGUCGUCGUUCAGCUGGCGUAACAAAAAUGAUCCGAGUUUUAUUUUGGCUAAAAUAUCUCAGGCGGAUCACGCAAUAUCCCGUUGCAUGAUGCCAGUGGAAAACACGGUCAUCAACCUUUAUCUCAUCGGUGGUAUUUUGCUGGCGCUAUGUUCGAUCUUCCGAUUGGUCAAAUACCUCUGCCAUCUGAGAGUUUUCUACGAUGUUCGUAAAAAGUACUACAAGCUUGGCAAGUAGAAGGCUUUAAUUAGUUUUAAGGUGAUAAUUUAUUAUUUGGUUAGAUGCAGAAUGUGCGUAGGAUUGAUCGAGUCAUAAAUUUUAUCUUUAUGCUAAUUAAAUCGAAACUUCUUCGUCGUUCACUAGGAUUGUAAAUUCUACCAUAGAUUAGGGU